AGGGUCUAGGAUGGGAACACUGAACACAGACCGACGGAACAAGAGAUGUCGACCUGGCUCUUGGGAGGAGUCUACUCCAGCAAGAUAGACGCACACAGGAAGUGAAGACAGCUCACGAAAGUGAAGGCAGCUCUCACAAGAAGCAGUUGUUAUAGUUUAAGGGUUGACUUGAGAAAAUUUCCCGGGGGAGUGUAGUUCUCUGGUCAAAGUCUUCAUAUGAUCUCCAGGUUCCCCAUGACCUGCCUCAUCCCUACCCACCCCUUUCCUUUCUGUACUCCGUACCCCUCACUUCCUCCCACCCCCAUCACUCACUCGGCUCCAGUCACGGUGGCCUCCCUCAGUUCCUCACACACAACAGACAUACUCCCAGCUUCCAGACCUUUGUCCUUGUGGUUCCUUCUGACUGGAUACUUUCCUCCCUGUGUCCACAUGGCUCCCUCCCUCAUCUCAUCUCACUGUCUCUGAUCAAAUGUGGCCUCCUCAGAGAGGCCUUCUGCCACCACUCUCUCUAAAAGAGCUACCCCCGACUUUCUAACCUCUGACCCUGCUUAUUUUUCUUCAAGCACUUGUCUCUACCUGACCCUAUAUCAUAUAUCUUGUUUGUGGGUAAGCCAGACUGUGAGUGGCAGACGGGCUAGGAUUUUGUCUGCCUCACUGCUGGAUCCCCAGCGCCUGCACACUGCAGGUGCACAGCACAUACUUGUCAGGUGGGUGGGGGCACGCAUGGGGAGCACACAAGCUGGUGGUAAGCUUCCCUCUGAUUCUCUCCUAGACUGGCACAGCCUGCAGAUCGGUGGAGUUAUCUGUGCAGUGAUUCUGUGUGGCAUCGGCGUCAUUGUGCUCUUGAGUAAGUAUAGGAACAGAGGGGAAAGAAGGCAAGGCUGUGGGUGUCCUCCCCUGACCACGCACCUCUCCCCUACAGGUAGCAAAUGCAAAUGCAAGUUCAGCCAGAAGCCCAGUCACCGUGCAGGGGAAGCCCCGCCUCUCAUCACUCCAGGAUCUGCCUAGGACUGCUGAGAACGGACCAGCCAAGAGAGGGCAGAGGGCCUUUCUCUUCCCCAGCUCCUGGCUCUGCACACUCCCCUGGCUGACUGGAGAGCAUAAACUGUGAGACGGGAUUCUCCCUCUUCUCCUCAGGCUGCCUUGCCAGGGCCUCAUCUCACCUCUCACUGGAGGGGGUCUUUUUAUUCACUUUUCAUUCUAAAAUGAUCUUUGCCUCCUGCCCAGACAGCCUUAAGACUCCGUAUGUGUGCACUAGGGUAGGGUUUUGGGGCUGGGAGAAGGCAGACGAGCACUGAAGGCUGGAAUGGAAGCCAGCAGCUGAAUUUCUUCACUGGGAAAAGCCAAAGGGCUGCCCCCUUGUGGCCUGGUGGGUGGCACGGGGUCUGCCCUCUGCCUCCAUGGUCAUGGGAACCACAUAUGCAAUUAAAAUUUUUCCAGUAGCCAAAUGGGAGAUGUUUUUGAGACUUAAAGAGGGAUCUCAUCAGAUGGAAUUCUGGGACACCCCAGGGGACACUGGGACCAUCCCAGGAAAACUAGGAUGUAGGAUCACCCUACCAUGAUGGAAACACCCAGAUAGCUUAUGAUUUUAAUAGUAAGACCCUUAUGACCCUCCCAUUCACCUCUGAGACCCCAUUUCUUACAGACCUUCCCCAACAUCCAGUUGUCCCUGUGAAGUCUUUAAAUAACUCCCAGUAACAUACAAUGACCACAAAGUGUGAGGCCCUCCCAUGAGCCUCAGACUACCUUGAGACCCCUAACACCCAAUCAGACAUCCAAAAUGUCCUCAUGAGCCACCCAUGAAAUGCCUAAAACCCUUCAAAACAUGCAAAAUUAUCUUUUACAAUGUCCUGAGCCAUGACCCCUAAAAGAGACCCACAGUAAACCUGUAACCUGUUCCCAAAUAAUGCCCUUAUAUCCCUAGGCACUUCAUGGAGCCCCCACACGGCUUUAGAGACCCCGCGAUAGCUGACCAUGAGCAGCCAGAGCGCAGCCCUGCGUCUUCCCGCCUCCAAAAUCUCUCUUCCGGAAUCCCAGCUCCCCCAUGUUCCUGACGAGACACCCUCUCCCAGUCACUCCACAGUCCCAGGCGGGGCGGGUGCACGUCGUGUUUAUUGAGCUCAUACACUUUCUGUCCUCUUCCCUGCCCCCGGCCC